AUCUUUAUUUCAUGUUUGGUGUUAUAAUCGUGUAAACAUUAUAACACCGGCACCUAUACCAACACUGAACUUGAAAUCACUGUUCUUCCUUCUUUCUUAUUUUAUUUGUAUACCAAAAAGGAUCCAUAAAUGAGUUUAACAUCAAAUUUUUGUCCUAUAAUAUCGUUGUUCUAAAAAAUGAACUCUAGUUUGUUUCAGCCUUUCAGGAAGAAAUCAUUUCCUAUGAUAUUCUGUUGGCCGUUUUCGUCAGUUUAUCCGCAGCGCAGUGAAAUUCUAUACACACGUAGCACUUCAUAAAUAGUAAAAUCAACGGAAACUGAAUGUGAGUCGAAUCGAACGGAUUUUCAAGUAUUGAGAGAAAGCACGGCCAAGAUGCUUCAAUCAGCAAUACAAGCAGCAUUUAGACCGACAGUUAGGUACCUUAGCAACAGUUCUUCAUGUUUGGCUGGGAAAAAAUGGAGAGAAAGCCAAGGAUUAGGACGAUCUGGUAACGAGUAUGGACCUCUUACUGAUAAUCCUGAUUGGUCAUUUGCAGAUGGACGACCUGCUCCUCCACAACCUCAUCAGCUAAGGAGAAAGGAAGAACAGCGGGAACUUGCAGAGCAAAUUGAUGUUCUAUCGAAGGAGAUGCUGCAAGGAAAGGUUAAAUAUCAAGAGAAGAUGAAAGGAGAGAGGAGAAAGGAAGAGUUGAGAGCGGGAAUGCGACUAAAACCCAAAGGAAGUGCCUGGAAACAAGAAGAUUAUGUAGAACGGAGACGGACACCAUCGUCUAAGAAAAUACAAUCACAGCGGUGACACAAAGGAAUAGAUAGAACUAUUUUUAUUGAAUACACUCUCAGUCCAAAUUGCGAAUGUGAGACUGCUCUUUAACAGAACUUCAUUCAGGGAAUAACCCAUUUAAUGUUAUUUCUUGAAAUGGGAUGCAUUUCAGUCUGCAUAAGUCUACGCCUGUGAAAUAUGAAGCAAUUUUUCAGACUAGGAUGGUUUAUUCAUAUCAGUGAUAGAAUGCAUUUGCUUGUCUUUUCUUUUACACUCAGAGAUCAAGUUUGUUUUGAAAGAGUAAACUUUUAACAUUUAAAUAACAGUAUUUAAAAAUUCAAAUGACAAAUCGAUUUUUCAAGUGUCUGUUAUAUACUUUUAAACAAUUACAAGUAAAUAUGCAAAUUAGGGAAAUAUGCAAUUUAGGGAACUGAAGAUAUCCUUCUUGAUGCUCAUAAUUCUUUUAAAAAUAUAUAUAUAUAUUAGAGAGGGGGUGAUAUGUAGAAGGUUUGUUUUGGUCAGAUGUACUCUCCUUGCUUCUGUGCGAUUUGUGCUCGUGUGACAUCAUGACCUUUGACAAUACAGUAAAUGACAUUUCUUCAUACUUCUUGUGUACAAAUCUCCAUAGGCCUUGAUAUGCAUGAAGUUAGUAACCAUUCACAAUGAUAUUGGCAUGCACUAAUGCGAUGCAUGCCCUCUUCCCCUGUAAUAAUCUUCAAAGAGCCCCUAGCCUAUCAUGAAGAUGAGAGUGGACUGCCUUUGUGAUGAAAAAUUAUUGCACUUUAUGACUUAUGAGUACUCUUGUUGAGCUCUCACAAGCAGUUUACUAUAAUAAAUAUUGCAUAUUUAUUGUCAUAAAAUAUACCAUAAAGUGUGUAUUCUGUGUCUAUUUCCAAUUAGAAAGCCUGUAAUGUACAUCUUCAUAGUAAUGACAGAUAUUGGGUUUUUUGCCGUGGCAUGUAGAUGGAUUUUGCACAAAUCAAUUUCAACUUUUUUGUUAUUUCAUGGUUUCCAACAGACCUACAAGUCAUAUCAAUUGGUCUUUUUUUGCGAUUGUCAGUCCACGUGUGCUUUUCAACAGUUAGAAGAGAUAAGCAGAUGGAAACUUACAUGGCAACAAUUGAUGUAUAUAUAUAUAUUUGAGGAUGCAGUUAAUGAAGUUUUUUCUUAUGUUAAAUAUUUUUAAGCUGUCUUUGCUUCUAUCUCUUGCUUUUGUUUAAUAGUAUUUUAGACAAUAAUUUGUUAUGUGUAAUCAGUGUAGAUGGGACUGGGUUUUGGAAUUCUGGACAUUAAGAGGGAACAUUUACCUUAAAGGAGAAUGAAACUCUUGGAGCAAGUUAGCUUUUGUGAAAGCAGAAAAAUCAAAGAAUAAGAUAAAAAAAAGUUUGAGUAAAAUAGGAAUAGCAAUAGAAGAGUUAUGAGCAUUUGAAUGUCGAGAUCACUAAUGCUAUGGAGAUCCUCCCAUUGGCAAUGCGACCAAGAUCUAUGAUGUCACAGAUGAACAACUCUCCCCUUUUGGACACUGAAAAUAUACCCCAAAACAUCUCUUUAUGCUCAUUCUAAUCAUAUGACAAACGAAUCAUCAAUGAUAUAAUGUUGUGAAACCUCUGUACUUGUCCUCUCAUAAAGAGAACACAUCACCUUGUGAUAGACUCUAUAAAAGUGAGAAUAUAAGUGAAAUAAGUACUAAAGUAAUGGGGGAGUUGUACGUGUGUGACAUCACAGAUCUUGGUCGCAUUGCCAAUGGAAGGAACUACAUGGCAUUAGUGAUCUCAAUAUUCAAAUGCUCAUAACUUUCUUAUUAUUUAUUCAAUCUUCCUCAAACUUUCAACAAUAUGUUUCGUUGAUUUUUAUCUUUGAUAUGGAUUCAGCUGGUUUCAAGUGUUUCAUUCUCCUUUAAGGAUCACUUGGUAUCAUGUAUGAAAUAGAGGUGUCUGAUAUAUUGAAUAAUGGAUACACACAGGUGUAAUAAUAAUGAUGAUGAAUAGUAAUGACAUCAUAUUUAUUUAGGGUAGCCACUUCAGUUCCGAAAACUUUUUAGUCAGGCAGCAUGGGUCAUGAUUUGACUGCUACUUUGACUAAUUUGCCAAGUUUGAUUUUUUACUUUCAUGUGUUCAGUUACAUAACAUGGACAAUUUUCAAUUUGGUAUAAAAUUUCUAAUAGUUAUCUGGACCAUCUGACGGGUCAAAAUCAGGUCCUAGACCUUAGCUCGUUCCAUCCACAUGUGGACAUUGAUCCGCAAGGGUCCGUCGAUCCUGGGCGAUGAGGACUGCUUCAUUCCAAUUUGUGUCCCGAUCAGUAAGAUCUCUUUUAAUUGUUCUCCACCAUGUUAGAUGUGGUCUCCCUCUUUUCCUUUCCCUCCUGGUUUCCAUGUUACAGCCGUCCUGACUAUCCUGCUUUUUGGCAUCCUUGGGACAUGACCAAGCUAUGUCAGCCUUCGUUUUGCAAUUAUUUGGCUUAGUAACUUUUGGUUUGUUUGGUUUGUUUGGUUCCUUACAUCUUCAUUUGUAUUGUGUUCCCUCCAUGAGAUAUUAAAGAUCCUUUAUACACA